AUGACUAUUCGGGACGAUAAUGCCCAAGAUUACGUAUAUGUUUGCCAAAUAAAAAGAAACAAGUGCAAUAUGCACGAUUUACAUCAACAAAAAAUUUCAGAACACCCACAUCCCACAGCGCAAACCUUUAGGGGCCCCACAAGAGCGAGUGCAACAGUCUCAGAAAGCAAAUGCAGGCCCUUCUUCACACUUCAUUCAGCAGGCCGUGCUGCGACCUCGAACCGUACCUUACCAAGAAUAUACCCAGAUAUAACAACCCACUUAUGUUAUCCACCCUUACGCUGCCGUUACCAUAGCUACCGUCCGGGUACUCCACGGCUGCUACGCGGGAAAAAAAAAAAGGAAAACAACAUUAAGCAACAUGAGAAUAAAGCGGCCCGGCAGGAANGCGGCCCGGCAGGAAUCGAAUUUUUUUUUUUUUUUGUUUUUGUUUUUGUGUUUUCCAAGUUUUCUAGAAGCCGGAACAAAAGACACAGGCUUAAAACGGCGUAG